AUGUCCUCUGCUCAUGAUGCCACCACCAAGAUCUCCAUUGACAAGUUCGACGGCGACAACUACGCGACGUGGAGCCGCUACAUGCGUGGCGUGUUCCUGACCAAGUCGGCGUGGCACGUGGUGAACCGGGAGACGUCGCCAACCUUCACCGAUCCUCGCGCCAGUGACAACUACGUCAAGACCAACAACAUUGCGUUCGGCUUGAUGCUGCUACACAUGAGCGCAGAUUAUUAUCACGUGGUUGAUGACUGUGAAGAGGCGUGGGUCACGUGGGCGCGUUUGAAGACGCUGUACGGCGGGUCGCAGAAGGCUGGACGCAUCUACUUGAAGCGCCAGCUGUUCAGCAUGGAGAUGGCGGAAGGCGGCAAUAUGCUGCAUCAUUGCAAUGAGCCUCCCAAGAGCUACGAGAACGUCGUUCUCAACUUGGAGAUGAGCAGCGCGGAACUGCGAUCGCGAGACGUCGUGAUAGUACUCACGAAUGAGCACAUCAAGACGCAAGGUGACAAGACGACAUCGGUGAAGACUGAAGACACGGCGAAGGCGUUCAGUACCGAGCGUGAACCUCGCCAGUGUACAUACUGCGGAAAAUUGGGGCACACGGCGGAGCGGUGCUGGACCAAGCAGAAGGUGAAAAUCAAGGUGGAGCUCGACGCGGCGGCAACAAUGCUCGUGGACGCGGAGCCAACAACGUUCAGUGGCGAACCAACAACAACAACGACGACAACUACGAUCGAGUUGCGUUCGCGGUUUCGCUGGAGGCUGGACUUUUGA